AUGGCGCAUGCACUCAUCCUCGGGGCCUCCGGCAUUUCCGGCUGGUCUCUCAUGAACCAGGCCUGCCGCUAUCCCACCCGGGAGACCUUCAAACGUAUCACCGGCACCACGAAUCGUCCUCUACCAUUGGAGAAGGCGCAUCUACCCGUCGAUUCUCGCCUGCACAUCGCGUCCGGGAUUGACUUCACAAAGUCCGUGGACGAAGUGGCCGCGUCGUUGCGACGAGGCAUCCCGGAUGCGGAGACUAUAUCCCAUGUCUUUUACGCAGCAUACGCAAAAGGGACAAGUCCUGAAGACCAGGCAGCUCUGAAUAGAAGCCUGUUGGUAGUCGCAAUCCAUGCCAUCGAGAGGGUCGCCCCGGACUUGAAGGUCGUUAUCUUGCAAACGGGUAGCAAAGGAUACGGCGUCACGCACCCCAAGGAAAUCAAGAUCCAACCCCCGUUGAAGGAAAACCUUGCCCGGAUCCCCGCACCGUGGGCCGACGGCGUAUUCUACUACGCUCAAUACGACGCGCUCGACAGGCUCUCGCGCGGCAAGCGGUGGACCUUUUCAGAGGUCCGCCCGGACGCCAUCGUCGGCUUCGCCCCGACGGCGAACGCCAUGAAUAUGGCCAAGGGCAUCGGCCUCUACCUCGCUAUCCACCGGACCGUGCGCGGCGCCGGCGCCGUCGUCGCGUUCCCGGGGACGGAGCGCGGGUACCGCGCCACCCACACCGAUACCUUUCAGGACGCGCUGUCUCGGAUGGAGAUAUUCGCCGCCGUGAACGCAACGACGGAGCGCUCUUGCUGCGGCGGCGGCGUCGCCUUCAACGCCGCGGGCGAGCAGGCCGUCUCGUGGUCGCGGAAGUGGCCGCGCUUAUGCGACUAUUUCGGGCUCACGGGCCAGGGGCCGGAUGUCUACUCAGCACGGAUCCGCGACUUUAUGAUAGAUCACGAAGACGCCUGGUCGGACCUGGCCAAAGAGCACGGGCUCGAGGAGGGCGCCGUUAGGGACUUUGACUGGGCCUUUCUAGAGUUCAUGCUUGUGCAGUGUGACUUUGACCGAGAGUUGGACUUGACGCGGUCUCGUGAAGUAGGGUUCACGGAGGAAAUAGAUACGGUGGAAGGAUAUCUGACAUCCUGGAAACGGAUGAUAGCUGCUAAGCAGCUCCCUCCAUUGUAG